GAAGUUGUGAGGUUGAGGCGUGGCUGUGUCAAGUUGUGAGGUUGAGGCGUGGCUGUGUGAAGUUGUGAGUUUGAGGCGUGGCUGUGUCAAGUUGUGAGGUUGAGGCGUGGCUGUGUCAAGUUGUGAGGUUGAGGCGUGGCUGUGUCAAGUUGUGAGGUUGAGGCGUGGCUGUGUCAAGUUGUCUCAUAGCGCCUGCAUUCUCUUCUGAUAUUUUCCUCUGAAAACAUUUAUAAUAUUGUGUUUCUCUGCGCUAGUUGGUUACUUGCCAGGGACCCAGACAACUACUGACUACCUUUACUUUACUGUCUUUCUUUCAGGGUCCCUAAUACUGAGCCUUGGACUGAAAGAAGAAGACAGUCACACACGGACUGACCCUGCUUUUGGUUUGUUAGUGCUGCUCAGGGUGAUCUGAGAUGGUCAGACUAUAUACCGACAGCCAUGAAGAACAGUGUGGACACACCUGGGCGGACUUGAAUGGACGCACAGACCUGAAUACUCCUGGACAUAUAAAUAGACCUGCACUCAGAAGCCUGACCAUACUGAGACCUCCUCUGCUCUGAACAAGCCUCACCAUUGGCCAGCCAGGUGACUGACACACAUCCUGACCAGUGGCUGUUCCCGGUGGGCAGGGUUAAGAUGAGCCUGUCCAAUCAAAGCUGUGGUAGUACCGUUGACGACCUGCGGCGCUACCAACAUCAUGUUUACGCAGUUGUCUACAGCGUCAUCUUGGCCCCGGGCCUUCUGGGUAAUGUCCUGGCUCUUUGGGUGUUCCAGGCAUACGUCAGGGAGACCAAGAGAGGAGUGGUGUUCAUGAUGAACCUGGCUGUAGCUGAUCUCAUGCAGGUCCUCUCCCUACCUCUCCGUAUCUACUACUACCUGAACCACACCUGGCCAUUCGGCCGGCCUCUCUGCAUGUUGUGUUUCUACCUGAAAUACGUCAACAUGUACGCCUCUAUAUUCUUCCUGGUGUGUGUGAGUGUGCGGCGCUGUGAGCUCAUCAUGCACCCGCUGAGGUACCAUUCCAACAGACGACGAGGGGACAUGUGUGUAUGUGCCGCUGGCUGGUUGCUGGUCUGUCUCGGCUGUCUGCCUUUCCCUCUGCUCCGAAACACCAGCCUGCCCCCUGACCUUACCCCUAACGCCUAUGCCUCCAGUCCUAGCUCAUAUGCCCCAGCCCCCACCUCUUCCCCAACCACUACACCUGGCCCUACCUCCAUCCAGGCGGUGUGUUUUGCGGAGCUCCCCAUGCGUGAAGUCAGCCCUGCGGCCGGCUGGGCUCUGAUGGUGGGGGCGGAGCUGGUUGGCUUCAUCCUCCCUCUGAUCCUAGUUCUGACCUGCGCCUGUCUGUCAGCCGGCAGCCUGCGAGUCCACAGGGGGGAGGGGGAGGGGGGAGGGGUGAAGGACCACGGGGAGAAGAAGAGAGCGUUGAGGAUGGUGUUGAGCUGUGCCGGGGUGUUCCUGCUCUGCUUCUCCCCGUACCAUGUCACCAUGCCGCUAGACUUUCUGGCAAAGGCCGAUGCCCUGGGGAGCUGUGAGGUCAGAGAGAUGGUGCUGCGAUGCCAUCCUGUCACCCUCUGUCUCGCCAGUCUCAACUCAGGACUGGACCCUCUCAUGUAUUACUUUACUACAGAUGAGUUUAGGAGAAGAUUCAGCAGGCCAGAAAUACCUGAGAGCCUCAGUCUGGCUCCAAGACUUCCUUACUAGGGUGGGGGGGGGCCUGCCUCUGACCCCUGACUCUA